UAACUCCUUUCAUUGAGAAAAAUCAUCCCCGAUACAUUUAAAAAUGUUCAAACUUUCGGUUCUUUUUUUAUUUAUUAUUAUUAUUUCUUUCUUUCCUUUUUAUUUUUUUUCUUUCCUUUCUUUUUUGAUUAUUCAAAACAUCAUUUAUAUUCUUAAUAUUUCGUGCUCAACAUACUUACUAUAUCCACGUAAUCAUGCUUCUAUCGUGUUUUGCGUUGCCAUGGAAAAAGAAGCGGGGUGCUCGAUCAAAGUCAAUCAUCAUGCCUAAUUUGGCUACUUCUGAGCUUGCAUCCCUCUCCUCCGUCUCGCUACCAUUAUCUACUACACGAAAUAACAACAACUUCGAUACCAACGUCACCACUAGCAUCAACAAUAGCAACAACAAUAGUAACGAUGAUGAUGAUGAUCAACACCUUGAUAACGAUGAUUAUAGUAUCAAACCAGCACAUCCAACAACUUUGAUGAAAUCAAAACGAAUACCAUUACAUCCACCAUGUUAUCCUCACGAGGUAUCAUCACAUAUCACUCCACGUCAUCCAUCUUCAGAAAACUAUACCGUCAGACGCCAUUACACUAUUGAAAAACGGGAAGAAGAAGGAAAGGAAGAUUUACCUCCAUAUGAAUGCACUGUAUAUAAAAUGGGCUACAUGAUGAUCAAAACAGAACUAGAAGGACCAACAAAAAAAUCGAAAAAAAGAUCAUGGAGGAAGCUGUAUAUGGUAUUAUGGGGUACUACCAUCCGGGCGUACAAAACCACACCGUUGACAGAAUUGGAAGAAAAAAAACCAGUAUGGUGUUAUUCUAUGCAAGAUGCAGAGGCUGGCCAAGCAUCGGAUUAUCGUAAACGACGCCAUGUCAUUCGCCUUCGUAUUCAUCAGGGACCUCAAUUUUUGAUACGAACCAAAGGAGAAGACGAACAACUGGGUUGGAUCGAACAUUUACAAGCUUCAGUCAAUGUCAGUUUGGAUUUGGAUCAACGAAAAAUGCCACAAUUUAUCACCUCUUCCAGGCGAAGAAGACGAGCAAGAUUAAAUCAUGAUAGGAACUCACCUCAUCAACGUUAUCAUCAACGUGAAGGCGCUUUGAUUUGAUCCCCUCUCCUUUUUUUUUUUUUGGUUUGAUUUGUUUUGUUAGAUUAUUAGAUUCAUUUUUAUCAAAUAAAAAAAAAAAAUAAAAGCUC